AUGCCAGUCCCGGUCAAAGGGCCUCUGGAGGCAGCUCCGACCGUUACUGUAGCCUUGCCGGCCAACAAUGAUCAACUGGAUGCGCCGUAUACUACACCUUUCAUCAAAGAUGUCCGAUACCUUGGUUCAUACGACAAGGUCGAACAAGACUUGAUCAUAAUCCCCGGAUCUCCACGCAUAUGGACCCCACCUAGCGUCCCUUUUACCUUGAAGCCCGGGAAGGCCAAGGCGAACCGGCAUCACCGCAUAGAUCCCACCGCGCGCGACUUGCAUCUACUCUUCACGGCGGUCGAUGUGAUGGGCUCGCCCAUAUCAUGGCCAGACGUCGACAUUAUCUCCAAUCGCCGUGCCCUGCGCCUUCUUCUCAGCUGGGUGCAUGGUUCCCGAGACGCAUUCCGGAUAGAUCUGCAACCCCUCGGUGCCCGCACGCUCUUACUCUGCGAGGAGAAGAUAGACUUCAGUCACCAGAAUCCUGGAUAUGGUGUCGUAUUCGAGAACACUGCGACAACACCUAUGACUGGCACCGAGAGAGGGCUCGAGCAUAGCCGUAUCAUCCAAUACGACUUCAUGGGGCUCAACAUGGUCGUCCGCUACGAGGCAGACGCUCGCAUGUCAACACUCGGGAGAGCCCCUGACUACGCCCCUGCCUUUACACCGAACGCUCUCAGUCCAAAGGUUACUAGAGCGGGAGAGAUCGUUGCGCAGGAAGACGUCAUAGAGGUUAAGUCCGUCACAACCAAAGGCAGAGCCUCUACAUGUCCCAAUGGCAAGAUCACGGAUGCGACACCACAACUUAUCUUGUCCGCGACCCAGCGCCUUCAUGUCGGCUUACAUACCGCCGGAACCUUCUACGAAGUGGAAGAGCACCUGUGCGACGAAGAGGCCUUACUGAAGGAUAGGACUCGCGAGGUGGGAGAUAUGCGAAAGUUGCAACGCGUUCUCAGUACUUUGAAGGAGAUGGUGUGGAGGGGCGGCGUGGAACGCCGACUUAGCAUCGUACAUGGUAAAGGCGAGCUAACCCUCGGCCUCCAUGAGAGGAUCUCCACGGAAUCUCUUCUACCAGCCGCGUAUCAAGAACGCUUUGUCCAGCAAUCGGUCACGACGCUAAUACGAUGA